ACUUAUUGACACCCUCAUCCUCCAUCAUGGCAUCUGCAGCAGAUUGGAAGCUGCAAAUGGACGCUGCCCCUGAGGCAGAGAAAGCGCAGUACCGGUUCUUCUACGAGAAAGCAUUGAAGAGGGAGGAGGAAGAGAAAGAGAAGGAGAGGGAGGAGAAGGUCAAGGCUCUUGAAGCCAUUUUCUGUACCUUGCCUGCCCUAACCGAUGAGGAGGUGGAGGAGAAAACCGUUCCACUCCUCCGGGCUUUGGUGGAUGUCCGGACUGUUGAGGACCACGCUGGCCAACUCGCCAAAGUAUUCGACGAGCUUAAGAAGCUGCGCGAGGACAUGGCCUUGAUGGCGCAACAGCACCGUGACCAGCUGCAACAGCUUGCUAAUGUGCAGCCAGCCCAAAGCAUCCUUCCAUCUACCUACCCUGCUUCUAGUGCUGCGUGUCAGUCUGUUUUUGCCCCUCUAAAUGUGUCUUCUUCUACUUCUUCUUCAUCCUUGAGUGUGGCUAACAGCCAAUCCGGAUCUGCGGCAGGUCGAAACCCUGCUGCUCCUGCUGCUGCUGCCGCAGCAGCAAGUGGUGGUGCAGGGAAUCCUGGAACUGUUGCAGCCCCGGGCCCGGACCCAGCAAUGGCUGGGCCAGGCGGCAGCUUUGCUUACAUCGACAGAAAGGCGGCGCAGAUUCCGUCCAAGUAUGACGGAAAGGACGACGUCGAGUCUUGGAUCAGCUCUAUGCGGUCCUACUUCGAUGUAUUGGGGACACCCCCGUCCACUCAGUCGUCUAUCCUGGGGACCAAUGUGGAGCCCGUCGUGCGGGGUUUCCUAGAAACCCAAGCUGUCCAAUCAGGCUACAAGAGAAUAGACCUGAACAAAUGGCUGAAGGCUACGCCUACUGCUGCACUUGAGGAUCUCUUGAUCAAACAAUAUGCUGAUCCACAUGCUGCAGCUAAAGCAAGACUCAAGCUUGACAAGCUCAAGCACAACAAGUGGACCGGCACCAUGCACAGUCUGCAACAGUACGUCAGUAAACUCUUUGCUACUUCGGAUCUGGAGAUGACUGCGCAGUCUUGCUUGGAUGUAAUAAAAGGUACGGUCCCCUCUACUCUGAAAGAUCGCCUAGGGCUCGGGCUCAGCGGAUAUACAGAUUGGCUUACCAUUAUGCGGGACUUAGUCAAGCUGGAGGCACAAGACCUCCCGGGUGGAUCAAGUGGCAAAAAGACCACUGGCCGCAAACGUUUUGCAGCGCAUGAUCUGCUUGAGGCUGACGAGGAGAACCUCGUAGAAAAAUCUUCUCUUGAUGACGAUCAAGAGCAAGACUGCGGGGCAUCUUGCUCUUUGUCAACCCAUGAGUCUGAGUAUGUGAAUGGCGAUGAAUCCACGAAUGCCUUCAAAAAGACUGCCUUUAAAAGAAGGGAUGAGAGGCAGUGGGAGGAGGAGGGAACAAGAGGGAGGGGAGGGGAGGGUUGUGGGAUCGGAGGGAGGGGAAAGGAGGGGACUUGGGUGAAUGGGAUGGGAUGGGACGGGAUGGAUGAGAUGGGAUCGAUUUGUUCUGCUGAGUGUCAUUCCUCAUGCGUUCUGUCGCAAGUAUUUGCAAGGCAGCAUGGAGGGGAAAGAACGGUAGAGCUGCUCUAACUGCCCUUGCUGGGAGAUUAGACCAGAUUUUAGCAUUGCAGUGGCAAGCACUGGCUACCAUGACAUGGGACAGAUUUGGCAGCCAUAACUGGAAACCACAGCCACUGUAGCUAAGGUCCUAGGUGGACAAUAGGGGUGGUUGUGAGUGAUGGGCAUCUUUCAUCAGGAGGUCCAUUUGGAUGGAAAGGAGAGUAAAAUUUUUGAGAGCUUAUUAUCCUGUCCACUCCUAUGAGCACUGCACUGUAUGUCUUACCGGUGAUGGUGGGGCUGCAAGCCUCUCCUAUUUGGUUUUCCUUGGGUAUAUGUUUAUGGCUGUACACUUUUUGGCUUCGAUAAAAGGCAUGUUCUUGA